AUGGCAACGUUGAUUCAGCCUCCAGCCCCAGAGAUCCCGACGUAUUACCAGGUCCCGGAAACCUCUUUUGAGUUGGACUGGGCGGACCUUGCCACGUUGGAUCUAUCUCUGUUUGACCAGCCAGGUGGUAAGGAGCAGCUAGCCAAGCAGCUCUUCGAAGCUAUCCAGAAUAUAGGCUUCUUUUAUAUCGUCAACUUUGGCCUCUCGCAGGAAGAUGUUGACCGCCAAUUCUCGAUUGGCAAGGAGCUCUUCAAGCUUCCACUGGAGGAGAAACUCAAGUAUCGUGCUGAGCUUGAGAAAGGUGGCUACAACGGCUAUAAGCCAAUGGGUCUCCGAGAAAUCAGUCCGGGGGUUUUCGACAAGACCGAAAUCUACAACAUCCCCAAAUUCAUUCCCGAUUUUGAACGGCCGCAGCCCGAUAUCGUGAAUCAGAAUCGCCCUAUUAUCGAGAAAUUUGCACGCCACAUUCAUGACGAAAUUGUGCGCAAACUCCUCACGCUUCUCGCCAUCAUCCUCGAGCUCCCCGAGGACUAUUUCCUCAAGGUGCACCGUUACGAUGAGAAGAGCGACUGCCAUCUGCGGUACAUGAAGUACCACCGCCGUUCUGAUGAAGAGAACGAGAAGGCCGCCGGAAUUUGGUCCAAGGGCCAUACCGACUUUGGUAGCUUGACCCUGUUGUUCCGACAGCCAGUUGCGGCGCUGCAGGUUCGUACCCCGGAGGGCCAGUGGAAGUGGGUGAAGCCUUAUCCGGGGAGCAUCACGGUGAAUCUCGCCGACUCACUCGAUUUUCUCACCAAUGGUUUCCUCAAGAGUAGUAUACACCGUGUCGUCGCACCACCGCCAGAUCAGAGGGACGUAGACCGCCUCGGUGUUUUGUACUUUGUCCGACCAGAAGAUAACCUCGAGUUACGGCCGGUGGUGAGCGACGUGCUCCAGCGCUUGGGAUAUGAUCAGAAAACAGACAAUAGUGCAGUGGGAAUAACUGCUGGUGAGUGGGUGAAGGCUAGAGUGGCCAAGGGCGUUGACAAAGGUCUGGCACGGAGUGAAGUUGGAGAGCAGCCUAUCAUCGGUGGCGUGGUAGCUAAAUAUUACGACUAA